CCGCCAUUGUUCCUUACUUCUCUCACUCCCAUCCUUCAAUCUCUCUCUCUCUCUCUCUGGCUCUGGUCUGCUUAUUUCAUUUCGAUUAGGCCUCCAAAUAAUAUUAUUCUGCAAGAAUAAUUGAAGAUUGUAUCCUUCUUCCUUUUGGGUAGAUGAUUGUGGGAUUUUGCAAGAGAAUUUCGAUCGAAAUCCAUGAGUUGGUUAAAUAAGCUGUUCAGAAGUGGCGCUAACAGCAGCAGCAGGGGAGUUUCCUUCGGCCCUCAUCAGCCUCGUCUUCUUCGGGACGACGACAUGGUUUGCGGCGCGCCGUUUCGACCGUUUGUUGAUGAUCGCGCCCGAGCGCAUCGUGAGUUUGAGGAAUUGGAUCGCGCGAUCGCGUUGUCUUUGUCUGAAGAUUUGAAGAGACCGAACGGACAUAGACGGCGGAUGGACUUAGACGAAGAUCUACCAAGAUCUCUACACGAUCGAAUCAACUCGGAGCCAUUCUAUCCGUACGCUCCCGCUCCCCUGAGAGAACAAUAUCACCGGGGAUAUCGAAUAUGCGGCGGAUGCAAUCGCGAAAUCCGUCAAGGUAGUUACCUUUCGUGUAUGGGGACAUUUUUCCAUCCGGAAUGCUUUCGUUGCCACGGAUGCGGGAACCCGAUUCGCGAGCAUGAGUUCUCAUUGUCGGGGAAGGAUGUGUAUCACAAGUCUUGUUUCAAAGAGCUCACUCAUCCCAAAUGUGAAGUUUGUCAUCGAUACAUCCCGAUGAACAGCGCUGGUUUGAUCGAGUACCGGUGCCAUCCGUUUUGGUCGCAGAAGUAUUGUCCUUCCCACGAGUACGAUCACACGGUGCGAUGCUCGAGCUGCGAGCGUUUGGAGUCGCGUGAUACGAAAUACAUAUCGCUCGGGGACGGGAGAAGCUUGUGCUUGGAGUGCUUGGAAUCGGCGAUCAUGGACACCGGAGAGUGCCAGCCAUUGUACCAUUCCAUUCGCGAUUUCUACGAAGGAUUGAACAUGAGAAUUGGUCAAGAAAUUACGAUGCUUCUCGUCGAAAGACAAGCCCUAAACGACGCUCUCGAAGGGGAGAAACAUGGCAUUCAUCACAUGCCGGAAACGCGAGGUCUGUGUCUCUCCGAAGAACAGACGGUUUCGAGCAUUUAUCGAAGGCCUCGGAUGGAUCGUCGGGGACUUGUAGGAAUGCGUACGCAGCCGCAACGGCUUAUCCGGAGGUCGUCCGAGGUCACAGCCAUUCUUGUUUUGUUCGGUCUCCCGAGGUUACUGACUGGCGCGAUACUUGCGCACGAGCUAAUGCACGCGUGGCUACGUCUUAACGACUUUCGAAACUUGAGGCCCGAGGUCGAGGAAGGGAUAUGUCAAGUCCUCUCUCAUAUGUGGCUCGAAUCGGAGGUUUUGCCCGUUUCCCGUAACAUGCCGUCAUCGUCGACGUGGCAGCAUGGAUCGGCGGGUGUCGCGUAUGCAUCUUCGUCGACUUCCCGGUCGACGGCCUCUAAAAAAGGCGGGAAGUCGAGCAUGGAGAAUAAGUUGGGGGAGUUUUUCUUGCAACAAAUCGAGCACGAUACGUCGCCCGCAUACGGCGGAGGAUACCGGGCUGCGAUGGCUGCCGUGAAUUUGUACGGCCUUCGCAGCACGUUGAACCACAUCCGGCACACCGGAAUGUUCCCCGAGUGAUUUCACGGCGACCGGUUCCGAUCCGGCGGAUCGAUCGAUUUAAUAAUAAUAAUUAUUAUUAUAAAAGUAAAAGGUGAAGAAAAAGAAGUUUUUAGGUAAUAAGGAGCAUGGAGGAUAAAUGGAUGCAAUUAGAAAUAGGAAAAUCUUAACAAUGUAUGAUUCUUGAUAGAAAGAUAUUUGA